AUGAUUACAGCACUGAGACUCACCAGCCCCCUGCAGAGACAGAUAGGACAGAGGGGCUUUAGAUCUGACUAUGACCUGGACUAUGAGUGCUAUCAGGAGGACCUCUAUGACAGGAUGUAUGACUACCAGCGCGUGCCAGCUUCCCUACCUCCACUGUCCCAGGGACCUAGCCUGGCCAAACGACCCCGCUCCUCCUCCACAUCCUCUGGGCACAGACGCAGCCGAGACAGGCCCCCCUCCAAGAGCUCUAGAGCCCACUCCACCAGCUCCAACAGGGCCAAGUUGCGAAUGGAGGAGCUGCAGGUCAUUAAGAGGGAGCUGACUCUGAUAAAGACACAGAUUGACGGGCUGCUUGACAACCUGGACAGGAUGGACACACUGAGGCAGGACCACACAGGGUCUCCCGUGAGGGAGGGCAGCCUGGCCGGGUCACCGUACUCCCCCUCUGCCAGCAGCGGUGAGCGCUCCCCCUCCCCCCUGUCCCCCCCACGCCGCUGCAUCCAGAGAGAGAGCCCCGAACUGGGGGAGGCCAGCGACGAUGAUCACACGAUGAAUAACCACAGCUCUGACCCUGAGGACGAGAUGUGAGGAUGGAAACAGAGAAGAAACGGAGGAGCGCCAGACAUAGAGGAAGAGAACAUCUUGUCAAGAAGUUACCAUGCCAACAACUGAUUCAGAGGCCCCACUCCUGUCUAACCAACCAGUUACAUUGUAUUCUACAUCCACAUAUACAUCAAACAGAAAUACACUACUACACACUACUACACACACCACUUUGUGUUCAGAGUAUAAAUCCUGCCCUUAUAUUCGUUAGCCUCUUUAGGUUCUAAAUCAUCUAUUCCUACUCUCUCUGUAUGGUAAGGGCAGAUAUUGUAUGUGUGAACACACACACACACACACACACACACACACACACACACACACACACACACACACACACACACACACACACACACACACACACACACACACACACACACACACACACACACACACACUUUAUCUGUAGAGUGUAAUUAUUGUAAUUAUUAACCAGAACAGGAAGGUGAAAUAAUUUCCAUAUUUAUAAUUUUCUUAUGCUCUUUUUAGCACGUCUUCAUAUUUUCCUGAAAAACAUUCUGAUUACCAGUCCGUAUAAAUUUGACAUUCAUAUUGAGAGACUGAAGGUUUUUUGAAAAGAGCAUACUACAGAUGUUGCAAUCAUAGUUUUUCAGUGACUUGAGUCAUUUUGUUAUCUGUAUAUCAUAUCAUUACCAGAGCAUGAGUUCAUCAGUUUAUACUUGUCCAUAAGUUAAAAUCCUCCCAGUUAUGUCUGUGUAAUGUUAUCUCUCUGCUGUAUUACUACCUGUCUGUAUAAGGUAUGAAGAAACAGUAGCCCAUCUCUUCCUCUAUGUACCUGGCGCUAUGAGCUGAGGAGAGGCCCCGGCCCGGUCCAUGUGUAAUAUUGUGUAUUACUGUAAAACUUUACUGUAUUUUGUCGGCUGUAUGAUUUUAAUCCAGCAUUUUGUUUCAGUUUUUUUUAUUUGUUAAUGUUUUUUAAAGCGAGAAGAAAACAACAAUGAUAAUUGUUUUAUUAUAAUUCUAUUGGUGUUAGAUGUUUUGUUAGUUCUGUUUGCAUUCAUGAAGAAGCCAAGUGGAAACACUACUCACACUGUCACAGUAGUAAAGGUAUUUUCAUAUUGAUUAAAAA